AUGAGCGCCGCGCUCGCGACGACUCCUACGACGGGCGCCGCGACGGGCCCGGACGCGUCGACCCUCGCCGGCCGCGUCGCCCUCGUCAAGAGCGUCGGCGAGGAGUGCCAGACGGAGGCCGAGCUCGAGAAAUUAUUGGAGAAGAAGGCGGGCGCCUUCCGGCUCUACGACGGCUUCGAGCCGUCGGGCCGCAUGCACAUCGCGCAGGGCGUCUACAAGGCGAUGAACGUCAACAAGUGCACGGCGGCCGGCGGCACGUUCGUCUUCUGGGUCGCGGACUGGUUCGCGCUCAUGAACGACAAGAUGGGCGGCGACCUGGCGAAGAUCAAGGACGUCGGCGAGUAUUUGGUCGAGGUCUGGCGCGCCGCGGGCAUGGUCAUGGACCGCGUCGAGUUCCGCUGGGCGUCCGACGACAUCACGUCGUCCGCGGACAAGUACUGGCCCCAGAUGCUCGACAUGGCCCGGCGCUUCACGGUGGCGCGCGUGAAGAAGUGCUGCACGAUCAUGGGCCGCGCGGAGGGCACGCUGACGGCCGCGCAGAUCCUCUACCCGCUGAUGCAGUGCACGGACGUCUUCUUCCUCCGCGCGGACAUCUGCCAGCUCGGCGUCGACCAGCGCAAGGUCAACAUGCUCGCGCGCGACUACUGCGACGCCGCGAACCUGAAGUUCAAGCCCAUCAUCCUGAGCCACCACAUGCUCUACGGCUUGAAGGCGGGCCAGGCGAAGAUGUCGAAAUCCGACGCCGACUCCGCGAUCUUCAUGGAGGACUCGUCCGAGGACGUCCGGCGCAAGCUCACCAACGCCUACUGCCCCCGGACCGACGAGCUCAAGAACCCGUGCCUCGACUACGUGCGCCACAUCGUCUUCUGCCGGCCCGGCGCCAAAAUGGCCGUCGGCGGCGCGACCUACGACACGGCCCAGGCCGUCUGCGACGCCUUCCUCGACGGCGCGAUCAGCGAGCACGCGCUCAAGGAGUCGCUCGUCGCCGCCGUCGACGCGAUGCUCCAACCCGUCCGCGACCACUUCGCGAACGACGCGCGCGCCGCGGAGCUCCUGCGCCGCGUGCGCUCCUACAAG